CCGGGCUGUCUGCAGGAUGGCGGGGGCGGGGUUCUGCCCCCCUCCCGACCCUGCUACUGGCUUUGGCCCUCGGCAGGUCUCCAAAUCCAUCUCGGCGCCUGUGGCGCCGAGCCCGGUGCCGACCCCCAGCCUGGCCAAGCGGAUGAAGAAGAGCAAGCAGCCGCCACAAGUGACCAAGGACCUGGGGCGCUGGAAACCUGCUGACGACCUGCUGCUCAUCAACACUGUGCUGCAGACUAACGACCUGACCUCGGUGCACCUGGGUGUGAAGUUCAGCUGCCGCUUCAACCUGCGGGAGAUCCAGGAGCGCUGGUACGCGCUGCUCUACGACCCCGUCAUCUCCAAGCUGGCAUGCCAGGCCAUGCGGCAGCUGCACCCUGAGGCCAUCGCUGCCAUCCAGAGCAAGCUGCUGUUCAGCAAGGCCGAGGAGCAGCUGCUCAGCAAAGUGGGCUCGACCAGCCAGCCCACGCUGGACACCUUCCAGGAGCUGCUGCACAAGCACCCUGAGACCUUCUACCCAGCGCGCACAGCCAAGACACUGCAGGUCCACUGGCAGCUCAUGAAGCAGUACUACCUCCUGGCCGACCAGACAGUGCAGCCGCUGCCCAAGGGUGACCAGGUGCUGAACUUCUCGGAUGCUGAGGACAUGAUCGACGACAGCAAGCUGAAGGACUUGCAAGAUGAGGUGCUGGAGCAUGAGCUGACCGUGGCCGACCGGCGCCAGAAGCGGGAGAUCCGGCAGCUGGAGCAGGAGCUGCACAAGUGGCUGGUGCUGGUGGACAGCAUCACAGGCAUGAGCUCCCCUGACUUUGACAGCCAGACGCUGGCCGUGCUACGGGGCCGCAUGGUGCGCUAUCUCAUGCGCUCACGGGAGAUCACACUGGGCAGAGCCACCAAGGACAACCAGAUCGACGUGGACCUGGCACUGGAGGGACCUGCCUGGAAGAUCUCUCGCAAGCAAGGCGUCAUCAAGCUUAAGAACAACGGGGAUUUCUUCAUCGCCAACGAGGGCCGGCGCCCCAUCUACAUCGACGGGCGCCCUGUGCUGGGUGGCAGCAAGUGGAAGCUGAACAACAACUCGGUGGUGGAGAUCGCCAACCUACGUUUCGUCUUUCUCAUCAACCAGGAUCUGAUUGCACUCAUCAAGGCCGAGGCUGCCAAGAUUACGCAGCAGUGAGGGCUGGGGUGGGGGGUCCUGGCUGUGGCCCAUGACUUGUGGCUGCUUCUAAUAAAAGAUUUGUGCCCCCCA